AUGGCCCGCCACACCAUGACCAGACACACCCUCCCUGCCGUAUGGAUGCGGGCGGGGACCUCGAAGGGGCUGUUCAUCCACGGGGAACAUCUGCCCGCCGAUCAGACCCAAUGGGUCGGGCCUCUUCUCGCUGCCAUGGGCGGCGACUCUCGCCAGCUGAACGGCGUCGGCGGCGCCACUUCCACGACGUCCAAAGUCGCUGUCGUGAGCAGGUCGGCGAGGGAGGGGGUUGAUGUUGACUACACUUUUGCCCAGGUGUCGGUCGGCGGUGGAAAGGUGGACUUGAGUGGUAACUGCGGGAACAUGGCCUCCGGGGUUGGCCCCUUUGCGGUUCAGGAGGGACUGGUGCCGCGGCCAAAGAACGGAGAGUCGAAGGUUGACGUCUGCAUAUUUAACACGAACACGGAGCGGACCAUAGUCGAGACCAUCGAGAUCGACAAUAACGGGGACUUCCAAGAAGACGGGAACUAUGCCAUGCCGGGCCUACAGGGCAUAACAGGGAGCGAGAUCAAGGUCGCCUUUGUGAGCCCCGCGGGCAGUAUGACCGGCCGACUCUUCCCCACCGGCAACCCCAUCGACUACCUCACCAUCGACACGACGUCGCCCGGGGACGAACCACUGCACAUCCGAGCGACCCUCCUCGACGCGGCAAACCCCUUCGUCCUAGUCGACGCCUCGACGCUCCCGCCCCCGCUCCGGGACCCCGCCGCCCGCGCCGACGACCCGGCUUACCUCUCCCUCGUCGAGUCCAUCCGCCGCCGCGGCGCCGUGCGCAUGGGCCUUGCGGACAGCGACGCGGCGGCGGCGCGCGUGCGCGGCACACCCAAGAUCGCGCUCCUCUGGCCUGCCUCGGGGCCGGACGCCGACGUGAAGGUCCGGUCCUUCAGCAUGGGCAAGGCGCACCCGUCGCUGCAGCUCACGGGCGCCGUGUGCCUCGGCGCGGGGCUGUGUCUGCCUGGUACGGUGCCGCAGCGUCUGGCCGAGGGGGGGUUGUAUGGGGGGUUGCCGACGCCGGCGAGGACGCCGAGCCCGAGCGAGGUUGGCAGGGGGAAGGCUGAGGCGGGGAGUGUGGUGGUUGGCGUUGAGGGGGCCGAGGGGCAGGAGCAGGGGCGGGCCCGGGCGUGUGAUAUUGCACAGACGGUGAAGAUCGAGCACGUCUCUGGCCUGAUUGAGGUCGAGGUCGUGACGCGGAGUUUCUUGGAUGGGGCGGAGGCGCGGGUUGAGGUGGACAGGUGCGUUGUUUCGAGGACGGCGAGGAGGCUGUUUGAGGGGAAUGUGUACUUCUAUCUUUAA